GCGGCCGCCAACGCCAGCGCCCCCGCGGGCUUCGUGCUCCUGGGCUUCUCGGCGCGCCCCGCGCUGGAGCCCGCGCUCCUCGCGCUGGUGGCGGGCUUCUACGGGGUGUCCCUCGCGGGCAACGCCGUCAUCGCGCUGGUGUGCUGCGCGGACCCGCGCCUCCACACGCCCAUGUACUUCUUCCUCGCCAACCUGUCCCUGCUGGACGUGACCUUCACCACCAGCAUCGUCCCCCAGCUCCUGGCCCACCUCUGCGGCCGUCGGAAGACCAUCAGCUACGCGGGCUGCGCGGCGCAGUUCUACAUCUCGCACUGGCUGGGCGCCACCGAAUGCGUCCUGCUGGCCGUCAUGUCCUACGACCGCUACGCCGCCGUCUGCAGGCCGCUGCGCUGCGCCGCCCUCAUGCACCCGCCGCUCUGCGUGGGCCUGGCCUGCCUGGCCUGGCUGGGCGGCCUCACCACCAGCCUGGUGGGCUCCACGCUCACAUUGCUGCUGCCCCUGUGCGGGAACAACCGCAUCGACCACUUCUUCUGCGAGAUGCCCCUCAUCCCGCAGCUGGCCUGCGUGGACACCAGCCUGAACGAGCUGGAGAUGUACGUGGCCAGCUUCGUCUUCGUGGUGCUGCCGCUGGGGCUGAUCCUCGUGUCCUACGGCCACAUCGCCAGGGCCGUGCUGAGGAUGAGGUCGGCCGAGGGCAGGAGAAAGGCCUUUAACACCUGCUCCUCGCACGUGGCCGUGGUGACGCUCUUCUACGGGAGCAUCAUCUUCAUGUACCUGCGGCCCGCCAAGAGCGGCUCCCACGAGCAGGGCAAGUUCGUGGCGCUCUUCUACACGGUGGUCACGCCCGCGCUGAACCCGCUCAUCUACACGCUGAGGAACAAGGACGUGAAGGGGGCGCUGGGCCGCCUGGCCCUAGGGGCCUGCGGCACCACGAGAACGCUGGCUAGAGAAUAGCAGAGCUGCCGGUCACUGCCGAGGGGGAAGAGCGAAGCUGACACCAACAGUGACUCCGGGCGGCAGGAGGACCGCCGUGGAGUCCAGGGAGGACACUGUGCUCAUGGACGUCCAGGCGUGAAGGGAACGUGCUUGUUUUCGCUUUUCAUUAAUAAUCAAAACCUUAGCGAAACUGUGUUUACUGUGUAUUAUUAUAUGCAUCACAUAUAUGCGCACUGUCACUUUGUUAAU